AUGUCGGUUCUUCACGAGGUUCCCAUCUCAUUUGAUGAAGACCGUUUCAGGUUUCAUUCAUAUGAAGAUUUUGAAGCUAACUGUGAUCUCAAAGGUGACCUCUACGAUGUUGUUGGCUACAUGAAGCUGGUCAAUGGACAUACCCUUAUUGAGCGUCCCAUCCUUGACGAAGUGGAGAUAGCAACCUCUCGGCAUAUUAUGGUUCAUGUGCAAUCACAUGACGGACCUGUGAUGAAGCUCUACCUUUGGUACCAUGCUGCAACAGACUUCUACAAGAAGUUCAACUCCUAUGAAAAAGCUCCCACAGUGCUUUUGGUCACGACUGUGAACACCAAACGUCUACGAGGUACCUUUGCCCUGACCUCUAUGUCCUCUACACGUGUCUUCAUGGACUAUGACGUCCAACCAACCAAAGAUUACUUCACUUGGCUUGGCUCUAACCCAGAGAUUGGUAAGCAGGUUAGUGCAGAGGUGGUCACUAAGCGUGAGACACUGACCAUAGCAGAUAUAUUCUCCUACAUGAAACAUGAAUCUGCAAAGGAUGCAUUUUUUGAGUGCACGGCUAUGAUUGAUGAUGUUGUGCAUGGCUCUGCUUGGUACUAUAUUGCAUGCAGUGGGUGCCAUAGUACGGCUACCAAGAGAGCAACUUCGUUGAUUUGUACAAACACAAAAUGUGGGAAGACUAACACAGCUGGUGUUGCACAGUACCGUGCAAAGAUAUCCGUUUAUGAAAACAGUGACCAAGCCGUUUUUGUCCUACUUGGUGAUGCUGGUCGUGAGUUGAUAGUUAGCAGCUACUUUGAGGUUAAUGAAAACGAAGGAACUGAUCAUGAGGUCCCUGUCCCGGAAGCUCUAAUCAGCACCAUCGGACAAACACAUAAGUUUUGUGUGAAAGUUACAGAGCAUAACUUCUCAGGCAAUACCCGAGCUAUAACUGUCACCAAGGUCCUCUCUCUAGACACCCCACCGCCCACAGAAGUCUCGGUUGAAAACAACAUUGCUGCAACAUCCGAGGAAACAACGAAGAGUGGAAAUGAAGUGUGUGGACCUUCCAACGGCCGUGGAGAUUCUGCAGAUGGGGAGAGUAAGAGGAUCUCUGCAGGUGCUGAGACAGCGAAAGCUAAGCGCCCAAGAUGUUAG